AUGUCUUUCCCUCAGCUGGGGUUUCCCCAGUUCCUCAGUGCCUCCCAUGAGGUAUACGGGAGCGAUCGGCCGGCCUCUGCUGCCCGGGACGGAGGCACGGAGGGCGCGGUGAGCUCCUCCGCUACGGCCGCGGCCGUCGGUUCUAUGCUGGGGAUGUACGGGAGCCCGUGGGCGGCUCCGAACUACAGUGCCUUUCUGCCGUACAGCGGAGCGGCGGACCUCGCCCUCAUAUCCCAGAUGGGCUCCCAGUACGAGCUGAAGGACAGCCCGGGUUCCCACCCGGCGGCCUCGCUGCCCGUCCACCCCGCUCAGGGCUUCUACCCGUACGGCCAGUACCCAUACGGGGACCCUUCGAGGGCCAAAACGGCCACCCGGGAGACCACCAGCACCCUGAAGGCCUGGCUCCAGGAGCACCAGAAGAACCCGUACCCCACCAAGGGCGAGAAGAUCAUGCUGGCGAUCAUCACAAGGAUGACGCUCACACAGGUCUCCACGUGGUUCGCGAACGCUCGCAGGCGCCUGAAGAAGGAGAACAAGGUGACCUGGGGCCGCAGCGCCGAGGACCGGGACGGCCGCAUCUUCAGCAGCGACAACGAGGACGACCACGGCAAAAACGGCAGCGACGACGACGACGAGGAAGAGGAGAUCGAUUUGGAGACCGUCGACAUCGAGAGGCCGGAGGAGCAGCGAGCUGGGGAGCCGGGCGCCGGGAAGGGAGAGGGAGACGCGGGCCUCUCCGUCCGGGAGCAGGGCUCCACGGAGAGCGGCAGGACGCUGUCGGCGGGCGCCGGGGACAAACUUGCGGCGGAGCGCUCGCCGAGCAUACAGGAGUGCCAGAGAGCGCCGCAGAGCAAACCGAAAAUCUGGUCCCUGGCCGAGACCGCCACGGCGCCCGACAGCGCGCACAAAACCACUCCCCCCGCGGCCUUCGCGCAACAGGCGGCUUUGGCCUCGGCCGGCCACCCGGCCUUGCUGCCCGGUCACGGAAUAUACACAUGCCAGAUCGGCAAGCUGCACAACUGGGCCAACGCGGCUCUGAUUAACGCCAACUCUAUUCUGAACAUGAGGUCGCUGCUUGGCGGCGCGCCGCCCGGACACCUGCCGCUGCACGGAGCGGUACCGGCGCCCGCCGCGGCGGCCGGCGCGGGGACGUCGGGCUCGGAGGACGAGAGCGACGUGGAGUCAUCGGGGAGCUUCAGCCCAAAAAGAGAUGAUGAGGACAGCGAGCGCAGACCUGAUUCCCUGAAGUCCCCCUUUCAGCUCAUCACUGACAGAGCUCACCAUGGAACGACACCACAGCGAGUUCUGACAACAACGCUAUGAGAAGACGACGCAAAAAUUUUCUAUAUAAAAAAAAAAAACAAACAAAGAAAAAGGAAGAAAAAGCAUAAUUUUAUUUAAUGGAGAACGGUUAAAUGAAGGCUAUUUUUCUGAAAGCUUGACCAGUUAUAGUAUUAGCUUCUACAUGCAAAAGAGAUGUCAGAGAUUUGCUUGUUUUUAUCCCCCUUUUACGUGUUUUUUUUCUGUUUGUUCUGCUCUUCUAUUGUGAAUGAAAAACCUCAGAAAUUUGUAAAUACACAAUAUGAAUUUGUCUUUAAAGAGUAUAUUUUUUGGAACCUAAAUAAAUGUCAGUAUAAACGUUUA